UUUUCAACAGCGUUCUUCGGUGCAUCCCUCCCUGCGGCGCGGUGGGCAUAGCACCAGGGCGGCGGGUGGAGCCAUGGGAUGAAGCGAAAACGGGAGACGCCAUGGGAGCGACAGGGCUUGCGUGGUGUGCGAUAUUUGGUGCUGGAUGAGGCUGACCGCAUGCUGGAUAUGGGUUUCAUGCCCCAGGUACGUGAGAUUGUUGGGCUGAUGGUGCCCAAGAACCAACGACAGACCUUGCUUUUCUCCGCCACCUGGCCAUCCGCAGUGCAUGCCUUGGCAGGCGAGAUUCUAGGGCAGUCGCCUGUGCGGAUCUCCAUUGAUCAAGCAGGGGAAGAUGAGCUCAGCGCGAACUCCAGCGUGACACAGAUCAUUGAGAUCGUACGAGAGAGCAAGAAAGAAGCUCGCCUACUGAACAUUCUGCAAGAACAUGCAUCGGCGAAGACCUUGAUUUUUGUCAACACCAAGAAAGGUGCCGCCUCCUUGGCCGAUCACUUGCGAAGAGCUGGGGUGGUCCCCUGCGGGGAGAUUCAUGGAAAUCUCCCCCAGCACGAACGCGCAGAGGCACUCAAAGAGUUCACGUCUGGAGCCACUCGAACUCUGGUGGCUACGGAUGUAGCUGCAAGGGGCUUGGAUGUGGAAGACAUCACGCUUGUGGUGUGUUAUGAUUUUCCAGACUCGAUGGCGGGCGGCAUGGAGGACUACGUCCACCGGAUCGGCCGCACCGGCCGUGCGGGGCGCCGCGGACACGCCGUCACCUUCUUCCCGGCGCCCGAGGAUGUUUCCGGCACUCGCUCCGCAGGCAAUGCCCACGAACUGAUUCAACUCCUGCGCUCUGCCGGACAAGACGUGCCUGAGGAGCUACAGGCGUUGGACAAUGGGCCGGUCAUUUCCAGUGUGGCGGCACGAUCUGGAAAGAAAGGUGCGCGGCUCAGAGUGGACGACCAACUUGACCAACAUUUGCAGAUCAGGCAAAGCAAAAGGUAAAGGAAAAGGAAAAGCGUCUGAACAACAGCAGAGAAGCAAAGGCGGGAUCAGCAUCCAGGGUGGCGAAGUGGAGCCGCUGCAAAGUUUUAAGGAGCUGCCCUUCAGCAAGGUCCUCCGAAAGAGUUUGCGGAGCUGCGGCUUUCAGAAACCUAUGCCCAUCCAGGCUUAUGGCUGGCCCGUGGCCCUCUCGGGUCGCGACUGCAUCGGCAUCGCCAAGACCGGCAGUGGGAAGACUUUAGCCUUCUUGCUUCCUGCCAUGCACAAGAUUCAGAGUUGGCUAGAUGAGGAUCCAGGCGAAGGUGGUGGUCCUUUAGCCUUGGUAGUGGUUCCCACUCGGGAGUUGGCUGCCCAGAUUCACCGCGAGGCUGAGCGGUUCUCACCUUCUGGGCAACGCGCGUGCUGCGUCUAUGGUGGCACCCCAUGGGAACCUCAGGCAGCUUCGCUAGAGGCGGGCGUGGAGCUCCUGGUAGCAACCCCUGGCAGGCUUGCCUUCCUCAUGGCACGCGGCGGCGAAGCGGCGGCACGCGCAGCGCGUGAGAUCGCCGCGUGCGGCUCCCGUAAACAGCUCACCGAAGCUGUCGCUGUCUUCGAGCGCUUCACGGCGACGGGCGGCCGGGCGACACGCCACAUCCUUUCCACCUUGCUGAAUGUGCACGUGCUUUGUGGGGAUUUGCCUGGCGCUUUGGGAGUGUCUCAGAAAAUGCAAGACAGCAACCUGCAGCUGGGAGUUGUGGAGUAUACGACUCUCUUGAAGGGUCACUUGGCCUACGGUGAUCUGGCGGCGGCCUGGCGCCUCCUCGAAGAGAUGGAGGCUGCUCAGCGAGCCCCCGACCUUCGCACAUUGAACACCUUCCUCCGGGGCUGUGUGAAACUUGGCGCUCUGGCUGACGCCGAGGCCGUCUAUGCCAAGGCAUCCCAGUGGCGUUUGGAAGCGGAUGGUGCAACCUACAAGAUCUUGGCACAAGUCUACAGCCAGCGGCUCAAGCUGAAAGCUUUGAUGAAAUUGCUGAAAGAUGGAGAAGGUACUGAGGCUUUGGGGCAGUUGGAGAAUGCGGCUGGGCUCAACGUUUCAAUUGGUCAAGUGGCCUGCCUGCUGGGUCAAAGAAAGGUGGCCUUGAAAGGGAUCACCCGGGCCGAGGAGGCAUUGGCUGCUGCGACCGAGAGCACCGACUUUGACCAUUUGCGGCGUCAGGAGCUACUUCGAGAGGUUCGAAUGAUCAAGAAGGCAAUGAAGGAAGACUUCGACCUCAUGGGUGCUUUUGGCCGUUUGUUCGCCGUGCCACGGCGGUGCACUGACAUCGACACGGCUGGACGUGGUGUUCUACACGGGGAAGUGUUCAAGGCGCUGUGUCAAGGCUUUGGGCUGGAGGAGUGCUUCCUGCGAGGAUUUGGAGAAGAAGAGGACAGCCGAGCUCAGCUGAAGCGCUGCCUGAAGGGCUCCCAGCUGCGCUGGAAGAGGAUCUUUGGCAGCGACGGGCCGGUCAAGCUCGAGGUGUGCUCCGGCACAGGAGACUGGGUGGUGGCGCAGGCCUUAAAAGAUCCAGCGGCCAACUGGGUGGCCAGUGAGUUACGCUAUGACCGUGUUUGGAGCAUCGUGACCAAGUCUGUUUUUGAGAAGUGCUCGAAUUUGGCGGUCCUGGCAGGUGAUGCCGGAUCCUUUCUCAAGAGCAUGAUUCCAGAAGGAAGCCUCAGCACCAUGUGCAUCAACUUUCCCGAGCCCCCGCAAACCACCAGAAAUGCCUCCUGUGACGAUGCUGAGUCCUAUCUCCACCUUUUGACCUCAGAGUUCUUUAUUGAUGCUCAUUCGGCCUUGGUACCGGGGGGCGUGUUGACCAUUUUCUCGGACAAUCAGGAGUACAUGCGCUCAUUGGCCCGAACCAUCGGCCUGCUCCGGGGACCGAGCGACCUGGCGCGCUGCUUUGAGCCCUUGGGCGACGUGCCGGCAGAGCACCUGGAGACCGCGGAAGAGAUGUGUGGCUUGCUCAUAUGCCAAGGGUGUCCGGGUGAGGAAGCUGGCCAUGUGGUUCAGGCCUCCUCUCAGUUCGAUCGCUUUUUCCAGCACGGCCAACAUUUGGACCGCUUCUACCUUGCUGUGUGCAAGGUGCCCAUGGAGUAGCCGCGAAGUGGCAAGAUCUACGGAGCAUGGAGCGAGCUCAAAAGUUGGGCUUUGCGGCCAGGGCAGCUGCUGACAUGUAAAGGCGGGUUCGAAGCCCUUGGCCUGGACUGAAUCCCAUGAAUUGCAUGAUCUGCAGUGUUCACCAAGAACUUCCUCUUCUGGGCACGGGUACGUCUUUGUGGCCUGAUUGAGACCGAUGCGUAUAUACAAGCAUCCCAUGCAGGGAGGGUGAGAAUCUAAAAGGAUGUCCGAUUGAUAUAUUUGGCAACGCUCAUCCCAACACUGUGAUGCUCCUAUAGUUAAACAAGCAACAGAAGCCAGGUUUCCUUAAAUACGGCCUCCCUCUUGAAGUGGACCUAAGGCUGGAUCAGCGGCGGGAACAG